AAAACCCCCCAAAUCCCCGCCUCCCUCCUCCCUCCCUCCCUACCCUCCCAAAUUCGCCGAACGCCUCCCAACCCCAAUGGCGAGCUUCAACCCCGCCGGCGCCGCCAGCCAGAACCCCAACAAGUCCAUCGAGGUGGCUCCGGCGCCUGGUGACUCGGUGUCCAGCCUCAGCUUCAGCCCCAAGGCUAACCACCUCGUCGCCACCUCCUGGGACAAUCAGGUUCGGUGCUGGGAGGUUCUGCCUGGUGGGGGAUGCCAAGCGAAGGCCUCGAUUUCGCACGAUCAGCCGGUGCUGUGCUCGGCGUGGAAGGAUGAUGGGAUGAUUAUUUUCUCGGGAGGUUGUGAUAAGCAGGUUAAAAUGUGGCCAUUGCUGUCUGGUGGGCAGCCAACGGCCUUCUCAGGGCAUGAGGCGCCAGUCAAAGAACUCGCUUGGGUACCACAGUUGAAUCUUCUUGUCAGUGGGAGCUGGGAUAAGACCUUGAGGUACUGGGACAUUCGGCAACCUCAACCAGUCCAUGUUCAGCAACUUCCUGAACGCUGCUAUGCUCUAUCACUUAGUUAUCCUCUCAUGGCAGUGGGCACGGCUGAUCGCAAUGUAAUAAUCUUCAAUCUGCAGAACCCCCAGGCUGAAUUCAAGAGGAUUGUAUCACCUUUGAAGCUCCAGACAAGGUGUCUUGCCGCAUUUCCUGAUCAACAAGGAUUUUUGGUUGGAUCUAUAGAAGGACGAGUUGGAGUUCAUCAUAUAGAUGACUCUCAGCAAAGCAAAAACUUUACGUUCAAAUGUCACCGCGAUGGCAAUGAGAUAUACUCUGUUAACUCACUGAACUUCCAUCCUGUGCAUGGUACAUUUGCUACUGCGGGCUCUGAUGGAGGUUUCAACUUUUGGGACAAGGACAGUAAGCAAAGGCUGAAGGCUUUUAGUAAGUGUCCAGCACCCAUCACAUGCAGUGCAUUCAAUCAGGAUGGCUCUAUAUUUGCUUAUGCGGUGUGCUAUGAUUGGAGCAAGGGUGCUGAGAAGCAUAAUCCUUCUACUGCGAAGACAAAUAUCUUUCUACAUAGUGUACAGGAAUCUGAUGUGAAAGGAAAGCCUCGCGCUGGAAAGAAGUAGGCAUGGCAAGGGCAAGUUACAAGAUGUGCAGUAUUGACGUACCCAUGUGAGGUCUCGCUGUGGGUGAUGCGGGCCGGGGAUAUUUUUGGGUGCGGUCUGUGGUGAGGUUGGGGCUGGUUUCGAACGGUGUCUUGCCGCUUCAGCGUUGAUGUCUCCCACGGGAAGCGGACCAGCAGAACUCGCCGAUAGCGGCAGCCUUGCACUAUUCUCUUCGUCUAAAAACACAUCACUCGCUGCUGUUCUCACUGGCCGCUUGCGGGCCUUGCUGGUUGCCCCACAAAUUACGUGCUUGCCUGAUUCGUCCAAAAGGUUGGCGGGCACCGAUUAAAGGGUACUCGGUAUUAUUCCAUACAUGGCUGUGUUUCGUAGUUUUUCCCCCUCCUGUUCAACGUUGAGUUUGGGGUCCAAAUUUGUCGGAUGCCAGAUCAUCUAAUUUUACAUCUAAUUAAUUUUCGUUGGUUGAUAACUUGUAUGAUAUUUUUGAGGUGGCAAGUAUGGGAGCACCAAAAGGGAUAGAUGUACCGCAAUCUCCUCACACCUUGAGCAGUAGAAGAGAACGAUGUCGGAAAAAAAUGAAGCCGUCUUAAAAAUCGGUUUCAGCAAUGCUAAUUUACAUGGCCAAUAUUAUUGAAUAAAGUUACAGUAAUUUAUUGUAACGGCUUGUCAAGGGGAGUAACCAUGUUGCCAUUAAGGCCUCCGCACUACUGACAGAUAUAUGGC